AUGCCUUUGUCACAUCUGCAGGGAGUCAAGCUCCCGGCUUCGGCCGAUUUCCAUGUCCAUCUUCGCGAUGGCCCGAUGAUGGACCUGGUGACGCCCACUAUUCGCCAGGGCGGCGUGAACACGGUAUUUGUCAUGCCCAACCUGGUCCCGCCUCUCACGACCGUCGACCGAGCCCUGGACUACCAGAAGCGCUUGCAGGCCAUUGAGCCUAACGUGAACUACCUCAUGUCGCUGUAUCUGCACGAGUCGAUUACUCCAGAGACAAUCAUUGACGCGAAGAAGCGCGGAAUCACCGGUGUCAAGAGCUACCCGGCUGGUGUGACCACCAACUCGAGCUCGGGUGUCAUUGACUACUCGUUGUUCUACCCGGUCUUCGCUGAGAUGGAGCGCCAGAACAUGAUUCUGAACUUGCACGGCGAAAUUCCCUCCAAGGGUGAUGUCACGGUCCUUUCGGCCGAGGAGCGAUUCCUUCCCACACUCCUGGAGCUCCACGCUCGAUUCCCCAAGCUCCGUAUCAUCUUGGAACACUGCACCACCGCUGCCGCUAUUGAGGCUGUGAAGAAGUGCGGUCCCACUGUUGCGGGUACCAUCACUGCCCACCACUUGUCCAUCAUCAUCGACUCGUGGGCUGGGGAUCCCUUCUGUUUCUGCAAGCCCGUGGCCAAGACCCCCGCUGACCGCGAUGCUUUGCUCAGGGCUGCAGCCUCCGGCAACCCCAAGUUCUUCUUUGGCUCAGACAGCGCCCCUCACCCGGCGGCCUCCAAGCGCGGUGGCGAGAAGAUCGCUGCUGGGGUAUUCACCCAGCCGUACACCACUCAGGUCGUGCUUGAUUCUUUUGAACAGGCUAUCGAGAACGGCGUCCUUAAGGACGAGGAUAUCACACCGGAGAUCGUCGCAGGCUUCAUGAGCAAGUUCGGACGGGCCUUCUAUGAGAUCGGUGAGGAGCAGAAGGAAUUCAUCACCCUCGAGAAGAAGGGCGAGAAGAUCGUCGAGAUUCUCAAGUCAGACCAGAUCGAUGUUGUUCCCUUCCGCAAGACCCAGGACACAUGGAGUGUGACUUGGUCUUCAUAG